GUUUGUAUUUUGAAUCUUAUUACAAGUAUCUUUGUUAUCUCACGAUGAUACACUUUGGAGUUACCAUUUUGCCAGAGAGAAGAUUGACAGCUGCCAGGUCCGUGAGAGAAUGUGUAAUCGCUUUUGCGCUUUGUAAAACCAGCGCAAUGUCCAUUAUCUUGUUUAAUAUAAAAUCGAUUUUUUAAGAAAAAAUCAUCUUGUUUAAGAUGAUCCAGAUAAUCUAGAUAACUUAGAUAAGCGUGUUAGGCAAAUCCGGGGACGGAUGUACGUCAUGGCAACCAUCUUGAGCGACCACUUUUUGAAAGAGAGAGGGAAUCGAGGAAAUGCUCGAGCUUUAAUUUAGCAUUGACGUAUCUGGAUGUGUCUUGUCUUGUGUGCAACCUGUGCAACAGACCAUAAAAAUUAUUAGAAAUAAAUGUUGCGAAAUACGUGUUGUAUCACAAAAAAGAAUUUUCAGAGAGAUGCAAUAUUUUAAUUGUGGGUGUGACUUUGUAGAUUAAAGGUCUCUCCUCUAAUCAUGAAAGCCACUCUACUAUUUGUAAUUGUGCUUCAAACAUGGACCAGUGCAAUUCAGUUGUGCCCGCAACAUUGUUCAUGCAAAUCGGUUGGACCUCAAGCUGAAUGGUUACGUCUCAAAUGUGGUGAUCACUUAGAAGAAAUCAAGAAUGUAGAUAUCAAUGCAGUUAGUGUGGAACUUACACAACUAGAUUUGAGCAGAAAUGCUAUUCACAUUAUUCAAGCAGAUGUAUUUUUAAACUUAACAAAUCUCAAAAAACUAGAUUUGUCAAAAAACAAACUUAGUUCCAUAGGAGAAGGUUGUUUUAAUGGUUUAGAAAAGUUGGAGAAAUUAGAUUUAAGUCAGAAUCAGAUAUCAGUAAUAGACAGUUAUGCGUUUAAACAAUUGCCAAAUCUCAGAAGACUUGAUUUGUCUGGAAAUAAAAUAACUGCUCUGGCACCAUCUUUAUUUCAUGAUUUGCUGGCGUUAGAUCGCUUGAAGUUAAAUGGAAAUAGUUUGACCACUUUGAAAGAAGGAACGUUUCACGGACUUAAGAUGUUAAAACAGCUAGAUCUGACUAAUAAUCCUUGGAAAUGCAACUGUGACUUGUAUUGGUUUAGUGAUUGGAUUUACAAUUCUUCACUCAAGUUAAACCCACCGCCGAAAUGUGACUCACCGGCGUUUCUCAAAGGUCAACCAGUGAAAAAAAUGAGAUUUACGGAGGAGCUUCAGUGUCAAUGGAUAUCGCCCGCGAUUGAAAUUCGACCAGUUCAAAACCAAGUGGUCUUUGCCGGAGAUUCGAUCACUUUGAAAUGCCGAGCACCCAGUAUUACGGUAGAUAAGAGCGCCAGACUGAAUUGGCUGUGGUAUCCCAAUGCUUCUGCCGAAGUCGUUGAUCUGAGCGCUUACAAAGAUCCGCGAACGAGUUUGCCCAACAUCAGAGUUGAUAAUAGAAAUCUUUCAGACAGUGGCAUCGUAGACAGCGCUCUUAGUAUUGUUCCAGUUAAAGAGGAGCACAACGGACAGUGGAACUGCUUGUUAGUUUCUGUAAACGGCAAUAAAUCAAUGGCAGUCAGCGUCAUUGUGAUAUCCGAAAAUACGCGUUACUGUCCUCUAGCAGUAACCAGAAACAACAAAGGCGUUUACUCCUGGCCCAAAACAAUUGUGGGAUGGAAAGCCGAACUGCCAUGCGAGGGUCACCAUUUGUCGAGCUUGAUGCAGGCGCCCUUGAAAGCUUCUUAUCACUGCAAUAUGAGCGGUCAUUGGGAGCAUCUAAACACGGAAUCGUGCCCGUACAUAUCCCGCACAACGAAAGUCUUGGAGCAGUUUGCGAAAGUGAAUCUGUCUCUCACACGAGUGACAAGUAGCCUGAUGGAAACGGCCAAGAGAUUCAAGAAUUACACGGGAAACAUUUCGCUAAAGUUACAAGAUCCGGUCGAAAUUCACUUUAUAGUGCAAACGAUAGAGAACUAUCUGAAUUAUCUCACCGAUGAGAAGGAACUUGGCUUUAUGUUGAUCGACAUUGUUAGUUCGAUGAUGGAAAUAUCGAAGGAAAUGCUGAAGAGAGCGGAAAUAAAUUUUAAAGCUUGCACGAGAUUGAUCAGAGCGAUCGAACGUCUCAUAGAAUUUACACCGUCCGUGCAAUCUCACAAAAGACACGUGGCUCUCGAGGAAUUUCGGGUUAAGCGCGACAGUUUCAGCGGAUUAACUUGCACGUGGUACACAAACGUCGCUAAUUCCGAUUCAGACUCGAGAUUCCUCCAUUGCACAACGAUCAAUCGAACGACCCCAAUAAGCGCGAAAGACAAUACGAUAGAAGCUUCCGUUCAAUUGCCCGGGUCUUUGCUACGACAAUUGUCGCACGACGGUGCGAUAGCUCAACAGCUUAUGAUAUCCAUGUUCAGCGACAGUAGAUUGUUUCCGAAAACAAUUGUCAAUGACAGCAUGGAUAUAACGACUUGCAUCGUCGGCAGCAAAUUAAUUGGCACGUCGGUACAAAAUCUCUCCGAACCGGUUUACAUUAUGUUGAGAACGCCGUUGUAUCAUUACAACAGAAAAAGACCGAAGCCAGUAGUGUGGGACGAAACGUACAACAAUGUGGGAGGUUGGAGCAGCGAUGGAUGUUACCUGACUAACUUGUUGAACAAUCUGAUAGUUUUUCAUUGCAAUCGUUUGGGAUAUUACGGACUUCAGCAGGAAGUUUCGCAUCUCGAUGGAAAUAGCGUGCACGGGGCAAGAUUCAGGUAUUCACAUCCGGCGAUAUACAUCGGUAGUUUCGUCACGAUUACUUGCCUGACGAUCAUGUCGGUUACGUACAUUAUUUCUUACACAUCGAUCACGAUGCCCAAGAAAGCGAAGCAUUCCGUUGUCAAUACUUGGUUUGCCAUGACGUUGCUGUCGUUUCUCUACAGCAUCGGCAUUCAGCAAACGGAGAACGUCAAGAUCUGUCAGGGAGUCGGCCUCGCUUUGCAUUAUCUAACCUUGUGCUGUCUGUUGUGGAUGGCGGUAUCCGCCAGUAACAUGUACAAAAAAUUCGCGAAAUCGAGUCUCGAUGUGAUACCGGACGACGAGCUGCCGGAUCAGCCGUUACCGAAGCCCCUGUUGGGGCUUUAUCUGGUCGGAUGGGGUAUAGCUCUGAUAAUAUGCGGAAUAUCCGGCGCGAUCAACUUGCGAGAGUACGCCGGAUACGCUCACUGCUUUCUUCGAACCGGACCGGCGCUCGCGGCGCUCUUUGUACCGUCCGGAAUUUUGCUCGCUUAUCUGCUGAUUGUACUUCUGCUAAUCAGACGAGCGAUCCAGAACGUCGAUACGAACGCGCAAUUGUCCGACGGUACUCAAGCCACGGAAAACAUGGAUCUGGAGUUGCUUGAGCCGAACGCGAAUUCUUCCGGUGACAGAAACAGCGUGCACAGCACGCAAACGGUUUCAUCCGACAUCGAGGAUCCCGAACACUCGCAGAUCGCGCAGUGGAAGGGUCAGAUUAUAAUGUUGAUACUGUUCUUGAUGUCCUGGAGCAGCGCGGCCGCGGUUACGAUCAAACCGUUUAACUCCAUGCCGUUCGAAGAGACCGUGUUCUCUGUGAUAUACGCCGUCGCCACAAGCACGCUCGGUAUAUUCGUCUUGUUUUUCUACGGAAUCGCUCGCAACGACGUGCGCAAUCAGUGGCUGAAGAUGCGCUGCUGGCUGGGAAAGCGAAAGAAUCGAUGCUGUCGCACCAGAAGCGUGUGCGACGCGAACGCCGCGAUGCAACCGACGCAACCACUGGUCCAGAACUUCGUCCCGCCCUUGUCGAACUCGCAGGCGGCCGCACAAGCGAUAUCCGACACGAAUUCGGUCGCCUCGUCGAGAAACACCAAUCAUUCGCAAUCGCAGAUCUACAACACCGCCAAACUCGCGGAUUUCGCGGUCAAUCACGACGACGCCGCCGCGGUGACGACCGUUCCCGCGAAAGCGGCGAAUCUGAUACUGCUUCAUCGCCAGCAGUAUCGCUCCAACAAUUCCGUCACCACUUACACCGAGCCGUCGCCGGCCUGCGUCGAGAUGUUCUACAAUCCACAUCAGAGCGGCGUAGCCAGAAAGUUCUUCAAGAAACAGCGCCGACACACCGCGAAGAAGAACAAUCUCGGCCCGAGGAAGCAGGGCGACGGCGGAGCGACGAGCGACGGGGGCAGCUGCGUGUCGAUACCACGGCCAACCGCGAAGAUCGACAACAGUCUGGAACGCAGCAUUCUGAGCAGCAGCGCCAAGGUGAACAACACGAACAUACACGUAGAACUGAAUCCCAUUAACGACAUCAAGAACGUGAACAUACUGUCGGAUAGCGGCGGCAGCAUCUCGGAAGAGAGAAAUAUUCCGAUACGUUUCGUCAUUGGUCAAGAAAAUCUGGCGCGUAAUGUGAAGAAGAUCAACAACGACAUAGUUCAACAGGACAACGUCGCGAUGUUCGACCCAACGAGAGGAACGUUGAGACGAACGGCGCAGGAUUCGGACGCGGACAUUUCGAAGAUCGACGAGGAACGUUGUUUGCGAAACGUUUCUCAACAGUGCAGUCUGGAAUACAGCUCCGAGAUGGAUGUCACGCAGAUGACGAGCGAGCGGAGCGAUCACAAUCUACCCGAGAUCUGCGAGAACGCGGAGACGGUUAACGCGCAGGACGAGACGUCCUGUUUCUCUUCGAGAAAGAGAUGUCCGAGCGUGAACGAGAUCGGGAUCGUCACGGACGAGCAGUGCCUGCGCGACACGACGAGACGUCUUUAUCUGUCAAACAGCAUGUACUGUCUGCCGUUGGGUCACGAGAGACCGCUUACGAACAGUUACUGCAACUCGUUGAACGACGUGGCGUCCCUCGCGAGCGCGAGACACGGCGACGAGUUCUCGAAGCCGUCUCUCACGGACGUGAGAAGCACCACAAGUUCGAACUUGUGCGGACACGAAGCUCCCGAGUUUCGAAGAUCGUACGAUCGUUCGCUAUUUGAGAUAAACAGUUUGACCAGUGACAAUCCGUGUACGUUGACCCCGCACGCGGCGGAAACCCCGUACGCUUGUUCGCUGGCGAAUGUUUAUUGCGUAUCCGACAAAAGUCUGGAGGAGAACAAUUUUUGCGAGGAAUCGAGCGUUGAUCGCAACAACGUGUUCAACGCGCCCGAGUCGAAGGAUCUUCUAAUUGAGAAGAACUUCGGUUCUCUAGCCGAUAUCACGUCAAUUAGCAAGUCCAGUUCGCGGAAUAUCGAUAAUCUCGAGUUGUUCGACGAGAUGAGCGCGCACGACGAGGCCGCGGAGACAAGCGACGCGCAACAACAGUUCGAGGCCGACAACAUCUAUUCGUUGGACGAGUCGACGAACCAUUUGCCGGUUAAGAAAGAAACGAGUGUUUAAUAUACGUAAUAUAUAUAAACUACCGUUGUUCUAUAUUUAGAUCUAAUUAUCAAGCUAUUUAUUUUAUGCACACACACACACACACACACACACACACAAUUUAGCAUUUGAGUAAGUAAGUUGGUUUUUGUGACGUUCAAGUCUCUGAAUGUGUUCAACAAAUUUUAUAUAUAUAUUGAAUAAUACCCUUGUGUCUUCUCGCGAUUUGUUUGUUUUAAAGAAGAAUUUGUAUAUAACAAUCACACAAAGUGUUUUUUGUGUGUUUUUGUUUUUACAUAAUUUUUCGAGACGAUGUUAGAAAAUCGGAAGUUUUUUUAUUUUUGAUGUAUAGACGACACGAUGUGCGCGCAGUCGUUGUCGUGAUUUCCGCCAAAACAACAACAACAACGUGUUGUCAAAAGAGAUUUCCAUUCCCACCGAAGAAUUUUGUUCUCAACACAUUUUUGUGCUCUCUGUGUGUGCUAACCGUUUAUCGAAUGUUCUGUGAACUUCUUCUCCGAUCACUUCCUCGCGUCUUGUGAUCUCCAGGAUCAACAUCUUCGUCUUCAGCGUGAACGUAUUUUUUUUUUUAUCUUCGGAUGAUCGAGUUCUGCUUUGUGUAUGUACAUAUAAACUGCCUAAAAUAUAAAUUGACGAAGAAAUGAGAUUUCUGUAUAGACCGAAGAGAGAGACUGAGUGUGUUAAGGAUAUUGAACUUAUAUGCAGACACUUUAUAUCAAUUGUCACCGACUUCCAAUUUAUUGUAAAUAAACGUUCCUCCGGUUGAGUUUCUGGGAACGAUCCUAUGAGAGCGUGUUUAAACGCACUUUUAUAUAUAUAUAUAUAUAUACAUAUAUAUAUAAAUUAUAUUGUACUUUAUUCUUCUUAAUAUGUUACU